AUGGCUCGUGUGUUGCCCAUUGUAAUGCUGACAUUCGUGUCAAUGGCCGGCUGGAUGCUUGGUGCAGACACUGGUGCCAUUGGAGGUCUUACUAAUAUGCGAGAUUUUCAAGAACGGUUCGCCGAUAAGUACAACGCGACCACAGAUACAUACAGUUACAGUUCUGUUCGGCAGGGUCUGUUGGUGGGUAUGGUCAACACGGGCACAUUCGUGGGCUCGUUGCUCUCUUCUCCACUAGCAGAUCAAUGGGGUAAACGUAUUUGCAUUCUCAUUUGGUCAGUCGUAUACCUCUCCGGAAUUCUCGUCCAGCUAACGACACAGCGAUCUUGGGUCCAGUUUAUGUGCGGAAAGAUUUGGACAGGUCUUGGCUUUGGUGCUCUGUCGGUAAUUGCUCCGUCUUACCAAUCUGAAACAUCGCCUGCUAACAUUCGGGGCGCUAUUGUUUGUACAUACCAGCUAUUCAUCACUCUCGGUAUCCUUGUUGGAUACGCUAUUAAUAUUGGUACACACAGUAUCAAAGGUUCGAAUUCAUGGAGAAUCCCCAUUGGUAUUAAUUUACUUUGGGGUGUCGUUUGUUUCGCAGGCACACUUUGCCUGCCUGAAUCCCCUCGAUAUCUCAUCUCACUUGGUAAGAAGGAAGAAUGCCUUCGCGUGUUAUGCAAUACCAGUGGUCUUCCUCCAGAGGACAGUAUGAUUCAGAAGGAAUUCAAAGAACUCGAUGAGACCGUAACUGCCGAAUUACAAGAAGGUCAAGCCGGUUGGAGCGAGCUCCUCAGUUCCGAAAUUCGAUAUCGCACACUUCUCGGUGUGUGUGUAAUGGCCUUGCAACAGCUGACUGGUGUCAAUUACUAUUUCUAUUAUGGCACAGAAGUCUUCAAGGGCACAGGCAUCAGCAGCCCCUAUGUCGCGGCAAUUAUUCUUGGUGCCGUUAAUAGUGCGUGCACUUUUCUAGGCGUCGUCGUAUUAGAAAAGUUUGGACGCCGUAAUCCGUUAAUUUUGGGUGCUGCAUGGCAGGCCGCAUGUUACUUUGUUUAUGCUGCUGUUGGAGAUAGAGCUCUUUAUCGAAAAGACGGAACAUCAAAUCACAAUGCUGGUACUGUUAUGAUUAUUUUUUCAUGUCUUUUCAUCCUAAGUUUUGCCAGUACGUGGGCUCCUGCUGCUUGGAUUAUCGUCGGUGAAUCAUAUCCCAUUCGCUAUCGAAACAAGUGCAGUGCAGUCGCUACCUCCGCGAACUGGACUCUCAACUUUUUAAUUUCUUUCUUUACUCCCUUCAUCACGGCCUCAAUUGGUUUCAAGUACGGCUAUGUUUUUGCCUCUUGUAAUGUGGCUGCUGCGUUUGUGAUUUUCUUCUUUGCCAAGGAGACCAAGGGUCUGACAUUGGAGGAAAUCAACACACUUUACACUUCAGGCGUUAAGCCAUGGAAUUCCGUGGCCUAUGCCAAGAGUGUUGUGGAAAAACGUAUGCAGGAGGACAAUGCUCUGCAAAACUCGAUCCAAGUGUCUACAAUAUCCAAUGACUCAAAGCUUGUUUAA